AUGCGCGUACGGAUUUUUUCCCGCGCCAUUUCCAGUACCCGGUCGAAAAACGCCAAAUUAUUUUUAUUAUUACUUUAUUUUAUAAUUGCCAUAUUUAAUUGCUUACAUAAAUUAAAAACGAACUUUUUAACCUUUAAAUUGUUAGCAAUUUCCGUAACAUCGUUAGGACCGUACAAGCUUCGAACCAAUAGCAUUAAUACUUAUAAAAACCUUAGCGCCAAAAAAAAAAGCAUCCGGAAACGGUUAAGGGCAAAACUAAUACCGCAAUUAAUAAUAUUUAGUAAAAAAUACGGCCGCAAUACGAGCUUUUUUAAUAAUAACGGGGUAAAGUUAAAAAAAAAUACGUUAAUAACCCGGCCAAAUAACGGAAAAGAAAAAGGAAAAAACGAUUUACCGUAUUACACCAAAUGUUUCGAUUGGUACAAAAACGAUAAAAUAAUGCGUUUGUAUUUGGAAAAACCAGCAAAUUAG